GUGCUUAGAAAAGGCCUUCAAAGGGGGGUUGCACUUUCAACAGGGUCUCUGUUGGUUUAUGGAGCUCACAAGCUGAUUUCUGGCUUUGCUGAGGUUCAUGCAAGCUUCAAAGUGGAAGAAGUUAUAGAGCAAGCAGACUACCUGUAUGGGAGUGGAGAAACUGAAAAACUGUAUCAGUUGCUGGUUCAGCAUAAAAAUAGUGAUGACGCAGAGUUGUUAUGGCGGCUGGCACGGGCAUCACGAGAUCUAGCUCAGCUUAGUAGUACUUCAACAGAGGAGAAAAGACAACUGGCAUAUGAUGCCCUUGAGUAUGCGAAAAAGGCACUUGAAAAAAAUGAAUCAAAUUUUGCAGCGCACAAGUGGUAUGCAAUUUGCCUCAGUGAUGUUGGAGAUUUUGAAGGAAUCAAAACUAAAAUUGGAAAUGCCAUUGUCAUCAAAGAGCACUUCCAGAGAGCCAUUGAACUGAAUCCAAAAGAUGCUACAACAAUUCAUCUCAUAGGCAUUUGGUGUUACUCCUUUGCUGAAAUGCCAUGGUACCAAAGAAAAAUAGCUGCAACGUUAUUUGCCACACCACCAACCUCCACAUUUCAAGAGGCUCUUCGUUACUUUCACAUGGCAGAGGAAGCUGACCCAAAUUUCUACAGCAAAAAUUUGCUCUUUUUGGGGAAGACAUACUUGAAGUUAAACAAUAAAAAGAUGGCUCUUCUGUGGUUAAGCAAAGCAAAGGAGUAUCCUGCACAUACAGAAGAGGACAAACAGGUACAGAAAGAAGCUUUGGAGUUGCUUAAUUCUAUAUAACAAGAAACAAGAUCAUGGGAAUUCAGUGCCUCAGGUUUGAGGAGCAUAGGAAAAAAAAAAAAAGAAUUCUACUUUGGUUUGUUGAAGCUGUUAAUAAAAGUAUAGCCUAAACCUGCCAUCGCUAUCUCACUUCCAUUAAACUGCCAGCUUGAAGAUCUGUUCCA